UGACCUCCAUUAGUCUCUGUCUCGCUUCGUUUCCCGCCAAAGUUUUUGAACACAGAAACGGAGAUGGCUUCUGCUCGAAAGUUUGCUUGCGUCGUAGCUGUGGAAAAAAACGGAGGAAUUGGGAAGAGCAACUCUCUUCCUUGGAAACUGCCUGGAGAUAUGAGGUUUUUUUCACAUCUCACAAAACGAGUAUCCACUAAAGGUAAACAAAACGCUGUUAUCAUGGGUCGAAAGACAUGGGAAUCCAUACCAGGAAAGCACAGACCUCUAGGAGACAGAGUUAAUAUUCUGUUGAGCAAAAGCCUGAGUACAGCACCUGAAGGCACCCACCUCUGCUCCAGCCUGCAAGCUGCCUUUGACCUGUUGUCUACUGACUCAUUCACAGAGUCUGUGGAGAAGAUCUUUGUUAUUGGUGGAGCAGCAGUUUACAAGGAAGCCUUGGAGCAUCCUAGUGCGCACCGCCUGUACAUUACACAUGUAUUGGAAGAUUUCAACUGUGAUGUGCACUUUCCAGACUUUGACAAAAAUGUUUUUAAGGAAAUCAGUGACUCUGAUGUUCCAAGUGAGAUGCAAGAAGACAAUGGAAUCCAGUACAAGUUUCAAGUGUACCAGCGAGAUAUCUAAUUCCAUGUAUUAGAUAGUUUUUAUAUAUAUGGCUGCAUCACUGCAUUAAACUAAAUCAAUAAAACAUGAAACAGAAUAAGACGUCACUAGUAAAGCAAUGGAAAGCAGCUCUGAAAAGCCUUUGAGGCUUCACAGCACAAAUAUUAAAAGAAUGAACUUAAUUGAAAUAAAUAAAACGAUCAUUUAGUGA